UCUUUUCGUUAAUCACAUCGAAUUUAUAGAAAAUCAAGUGACUGCCGUGUUUGACCUUAAUUGCUUUUGCUUAUACAUAUAUUUCACACGAUAUUAGUUAUCUACUAAAAGAAGGAUUUAGAUUUAAUGACCAAAAAAAAAAAAAGAGUUCAAAAUAGGUGGGGAAGCUUCGUCUAUAAAUCACAGUUUCCUUCUCGCCGAUCACUCUCUCUCUUGAUUUUUUCUUUCUCGAGAAAAUUUGACAAUUCCUAGAGGAAGAUAAUUUUGGAGCUGUUUGGUUCGUCGGAAAAAGAAGAAGCAAAAUACGUAGAAAUGAGAGGCGCAAAUGGAGAAUCUAGAGCUAUGAAUAACCCUUUGGAGACUAUACAUGCUGCGGCUAACGCGAUCGCUUCAGCUGAGAAUCGUGUCCCGCAAUCUACGGUUCAGAAAAAAAGAUGGGGUGGUUGGUGGAGCAAAUAUUGGUGUUUCAGAUCUUACAAACAGAAAAAGCGAAUUGGACCUGCUGUUCCUGUUUCUGAAACGACUUCUUCCCGUGCUAAUAUACCUGCUGCUGAAAUUCCAACCCAAGCCGUUACAGUGACACUUCCCUUUGUUGCACCUCCUUCCUCUCCUGCAUCUUUCCUUCCAUCUGAACCCCCUUCUGCUACUCAAUCUCCAGCUGGGUUAGUGUCUCUCACCUCUAUUUCUGCCAGUAUGUACUCCCCAGGGCCUGCUUCAAUUUUUGCAAUUGGCCCUUAUGCUCAUGAAACUCAGUUAGUUUCACCACCUGUUUUCUCCACCUUCACCACUGAACCUUCAACUGCUCCCUUCACUCCUCCUCCGGAGUCGGUACACUUGACCACACCAUCCUCGCCCGAGGUGCCAUUUGCUCAGUUCCUUGGCCCUAACCUCCAGUAUGGAGAGGCUGGACAGAGAUUCCCAAUAUACCAGUAUGAAUUUCAGUCCUAUCAACUUCAUCCUGGGAGCCCCAUUGGGCAACUGAUCUCACCAAGCUCAGGAAUCUCAGGUUCUGGCACCUCAUCUCCUUUCCCUGAUGGUGAUUUUGCUUCUGGUUUACGUUUUCCUGAGUUCCGAAUGGGUGACCCUCCCAAGCUCUUGAGCCUUGAGAAGCUUUCCAACCGUGAAUGGGGAUCAAGUCAUGGUUCUGGAACUUUAACCCCAGAUGCUACAACGUCCACCCCCCGCAAUGGUCUUCGUUUGGAUCAUCCGCUCUCUGAAAUUGUGUCACAUCCGAGUUUGGAUAAACAAAACCCAAUUGAUCAAGUUGCAGUUAAUCAUAGAGUUUCAUUUGAGUUGACUACAGAAGAAGUUAUAAGAUGUGCGGAAACUGGGGCAGCAACAUCAUCUGAAGCUGUUUCAGAAUCUCUACGUAAUGAAGCAACAAAAGAAAGAGAAGAAAACACAACUAAGGUGGCAGAUGAUUAUGAAUAUCGUGUCGGUGAAACAUCCAAUGAAAGACCAGAGAAAGCUCCAGCAGACAGGGAAGGCACACCGCAGCACCACGAGAAUCAAUCCUUAACACUCGGGUCAGCUAAAGAAUUCAAUUUUGACAACGUCGAUGGAGUUGAUGCCCAUAAGCCUAUUCUUAGUUCCGAUUGGUGGGCCAACAAGAAGGUGGCCGGAAAGGAUGAUAACGUAGCCAGGAAUUGGUCAUUUUUUCCUAUGAUGCAACCAGGAGUAAGCUAACCGGUACGCAUUUUAGUCGAUGCCUACUGAUUUUCAAAUCAUUUUAGGAACAUAGGUGUGGCUUUGGGGAUCCAGAGUAAACAAUUUGGUAACAGCAACAGGGUACAAUUAAUCAACCAUAUCAUUGAUAAUUUUAGGGGGGGUUUGACACAGACGGCGCAUAUUGCAAUGUUUUCGGAGGAAACAGGGUCUUAUGGGCGUAGUUCUGUUGUUUAAUAUAUGUAUUAUAUAUCUCUAAUUUAGGCAGAAAGAUACGAAAACAGUCCUUUUGAUUUGUGCCCCCAUAUUUAAAAUCCUAAUGACAGGAUAGUAGAUGGCAAUAAUAAUAAAUAAUAAUAGCAUUGCCGUUAAAAGAA